AUGCUUCCAAAAUUCGACAUCGAAGAGAGCGCGCGUCCAGCAUCUCCUAUUGCACACGAUCACGAUGGACGCGGGACAGCUUCAGACGAGCCCUCCCUGAGGAGCCUUAAUCGCGCUACCUACGCUGGUGCCCUGCUGUUCAAUAUCGUCUCCUUCAUACUUCCAGCUCUCUACGCCACCCUGUCCAAACUAUGGGUCGCCAACAUCGACUCCUCGCUCGUAGUCACCACAGACGCAUACACGUACAUCGGCGUCGUUGCCGAGGUUCUCAACGAAGGGCUGCCGCGGGCAGCAUGGGUUAUAAUCGGUGAUAAAGCGUCUCGAACCCUCGCACAGCGGUUGCAGCUCACGCACACACUCAUCAUCUUCCAGGCUGUCCUGGGCUUCAUUAUGAGCGUCGCCUUCGUGGCCGGCGCAAGCACUUUUGCGAAGGGCUUUGUACCUGUCGAAGUCCGCGGCGUUAGCAUCACCUAUGUGCGCAUCGGAGCUUUCAGCGCCUUCAGCAGCGCGAUCGAGACUGCAGUUUCCUCAGCCACGAGAGCGCUCGACCGACCUGAUGUGCCACUCAUAAUAAGCUCAGUCAAAUUCGCGGUCAACAUUGUCUUAGAUCUUUUAAUUAUCUCCAAAUAUCAUGUCGGAUCCCAUAACCCUACGGUGAACAUGCAAGCUGGCAUUCAGUUAGCGUGUAACCUCGCGUCAGCUCUGAUCGGCCUGGCCUAUUUUCUCUGGAGGAACACCAUGCGCUUACGCAGAAAUAGGACACAAGAGCUACCUGAAUUGGAGACCACUCGACCAAGCCUCAAGGCACUUAUUAUCCUCUUGCGUCCUAGUGUCCUGACUUUCAUUGAAUCAGCAAUUAGAAACGCGUUAUACCUCUGGCUUGUCAGCAACAUUGUAUCAAUGGGAAGCACAUACGCGACGGCCUGGGGCGUCUUCAACACCAUCAGAUGGGGUCUCAUUAUGGUACCGGUCCAAGCACUUGAGCAAACCUCUCUGGCCUUUGUCGGCCAUGCAUGGGGAUCUUGGAGACGAGCCAUAGGUAUCGAAAACCUCGAACCAAAGGCAAAGAAGACGAAUGUUUUCGCCAUCGCCCGUCCAGCUCUUCUCUCUCUUAUUAUUGCAGUCAUAACCGAGGUCUCAAUGUGCCUCUUCCUGACAUAUUUCGGAGCCCGCCCCUUCGCCAGAUACCUCAGCGGCUCAGACGAGGUUGCGGACGUGACGGCGAUGAUGUGGCGGACGAUCGACUGGUGCUACAUCUUCUAUGCUAUGUCUACGAUGUUGGCAACGAUCCUGCUUGCAACGCGUCCUCAGUGGUACUUCUGGCAGAGUCUGGCCAGCAACUUCCUCUAUGUUUUACCCUGGGCGAUUGUGUGUCAGACAGCGAGCCUCUCGGCUGACCGGGCUUGGACUUACCAUAGUCUUGUUUUUGGUGGAAGUCUUGUGUUCAGCUUCGUUGACAUUCUAAUUGUGGAUGCGCUUUGGGUUUGGACUUUGACGACAGGGAGGAUGAAGCUUGACAAGUUCAGGGGAUGA